CAACAAAUUGUGACGACAUUGCUAUUUUUGUUUUGCGUUUCACCAGAACUGGAAACAAUGUCGGCCGAGCUCGCUCAUCUGGACAAUUUGUCCAACAAGGACCUCCUAAAAAAGUGCAAGGAGCUGGGAUUGCCCGAAGUCCCGGUGACGGACAGCACCCGCAACGUAAUAAUUCGCCGGCUGCGAAGUGCGAUCUCGGGAAUUCCCUUGAACAAAAGCAAGUCUGCUGGUAAGAAGACAGCCCCCAGACGUGAAACCGUACACGGCAGCCAGGUUAGCACACCGACUGCAGAGCCAGUACGUCGCGCUGCGGGCAGAAGCAACACCACCAAGAUAAGCGAGACAAGUCGCCGCACCAUCGCCUAUGGACUGGACAACACAUCGCUUUCUGGCAGAUCUGUGCAGACAACCACCACGGUUUCUGAUGUGGGCUCCCAGUCGGAGGACGACGACUAUUUCAUGGUGGAUUCCCCGAGAGUGGGAUACUCUCAUGCUACUCAAACGCCACCCAAGGACGACAGGUCGCUAAAACGCUCCGUUUCGCUGACCAAAUCCGGAGUGCUGACCACAUCGUACACCCGUGAGGUGGACCAGCCGCAUUACGAACAGGAUCAUCAGGAGAAUGACAUUCCCAACAGCUACACCUACGAGAGGCCACAUGUGCCAGCCGCUCCUCGUCAUACGCUGCCAACCUAUGAACCUCGCAUCGAACCUUCUAGCUACAAACGCUCGGAGUUGGGUUUCUCGCGUCCGCUGCUGACGCAAACGCAGUUGAACUCGACAAGCUACCAGGAAUCGGAACACAAUCCAUCGCGCUCACCAAUUCUGCCGCGAAACACGUUCAGCGGCUCAGCCGGGCCCUUUGGACACACGGCACCAGCUCCAGCACUUCCUCGCCAGCGCCAAACUGCUGGCUUUGUCAGGGGUUCUCUGAUCCAGCCCAAAACCACUCUGAAUACCCUGUAUCCGCAACUGAAUCAGUUCUACGACCAGCCGGACAACGCCGAGCAGCCCAUGGAAAUCGAUAGCGAAAGCGAGGAAGAGGAGGAAGUGAGUCCCAUCAAAAGCAGCCAGGUGUCACGCCCUCGCUUCUCGCCAACGGCCAGGCCGCAGGUAAGGCGGCCUCUAGUGCGGGCUCAGGACCAAGUGUCUCCGAUGGCACAGUUUCGUCAGCUCUUGGUAUCCCUGGAUCAGAGAUAUCACAUCAAACUCUACUUCUACGUGAUCCUGGUGGCAAUGCUGGCAUCUUUAAUCUAUGUUAUCGUAACCCCGAACGCCUGAUACUCCAAUAACCAUUUUCCGGGAAUUUGGGAGCAACAUAGUUAGGUUUUUCGAAUAACUUACGAUUCAGUUCACUUUUCCAAGUCUUUAAUUGCUUGUUUCUCAUAUUUCGUUUUAUACAUAAUUAGAAAAAUGUACUACAUUAUAAUUAUGGUAUUAAAUAAACUAAUUAAAUGUAA